UGUGCCGAGGCGCUGGCCAGUUGGAGCCCGGCUGGGGGAAAGUGAAAGUCUGCUUGCCGCUCUCUCCUUGCUGCUCCGGGGAUUGUCUUGUGGCCCUGUGCAGCGGCAGGCGAGCCAGCACGGAGCCAGGGCAGCCGACCAGACAAGCCAGGCGGGGACCCAGCUGCCCGUAUGACCGCGCGGGGUGCCGCCGGGCGCUGCCCUCCCACGACAUGGCUGGGCUCCUGGCUGCUGCUGGCUGGUCUCCUGGUGAGCAGGAGUGUCGCCAAGGAGGUGCCAAAGACCUGUAGCGACAUGAUUGGGAACGGACACCUGCAGGAACUGCAGAAGCUGAUUGAUAGUCAGAUGGAGACCUCGUGCCAAAUUGCCUUUGAGUUCGUAGACCAAGAGCAGUUGAAAGAUCCUGUGUGCUACCUGAAGAAGGCAUUUUUCCUGGUGCAGGACAUUCUGGAGGAUACCAUGCGCUUCAAAGACAACACCCCCAAUGCCAAAGUUAUUGUGCAGCUCCAGGAACUCUCUUUGAAUCUCAAUAACUGUUUCACCAAGGACUCUGAGGAACAUAACAAGCUCUGUGUCCGAACUUUCUCUGAGACGCCCCUCCAGUUGCUAGAGAAGAUCAAGAAUGUCUUUAAUGAGACAAAGCAUGUCCUUAAAAAUGACUGGAAUAUUUUCAGCAAGAAUUGCAAUGAGAGUUUUUCUAAAUGCUCCAAGCCAGAUGUGGUGACCAAGCCUGAUUGCAACUGCCUGUACCCCAAAGCCACCCCUAGCAGUGACCCAGCCUCUGCCCUCCCUCAGCAGUCCCUCGCCCCCAACAAGACCCCUCUGGCCAGCUUGAGCGGGGCUGAUGCUCAAGGGAUGGAGGACGGCUCCCUCUUGCCCAGUGAGCAGCCCUUUCACACAACAGAUCCGGGGAGUGCGAAGCAGCGACUCCCUAGGAGCACCUGUCAGAGCUUUGAGACGCUGGAGCCCCUGGCCGUCGAGGGUGGCCCCACUGGAAGUUCACCUCAGCCUGACCCUGGGAUAGAAGAUAUUCUCCAAUCAGUAAUGGAUGCUAACUGGGCACUGGAAGAGGCCUCUGGAGAGAUGAGUGAGGGACCGGAGUCUCAAGGAACAGAGCUCUCCCCCAGUCCAGGGGUAGGUGGUGUCCAGGCAGAGACAGCCGACAUUGACUUUAACUCUGCAACAUCUCCACUUCCUGGAUCUUCUGAGGGCCAGCAUCUGGAAGAUGUCCCCAGGACACACCUGUCCAGUGUGGGAUCUGUGAGACCCACAAGUCAGUCCCUGAAGCACACACCCCAGAAGACAGACAACGCUCCCACACUGCUCAGAGACCGCCUGGAUCCCAUUGAGACCCCGACCCUCCUCCCACCAGGCCUUGGCAGUCCUUCCACUCUUUCUGCCCAGCCACACCUUCCCAGAAGCCCCGAGCUUCCCCUAGGGGUGCUGGAAGGAAAGAGGAGCACCAGGGAUCGGAGGAGCCCCACAGAGCUGGAAGGAGCACGAGCAGGUGCAGGCAGUGCCUGGCCCCCAGCAUGGUUUAACUCGGUUCCUUUGACUGACACAGGCCAUGGCAGGCAGUCUUCAGAACUCCCUGAUCCCAAGCUCCUUGGCUUUGUCUUCCACUUUCUGGUACCCAGUGUCAUCCUGGUCCUGCUGGCUGUUGGCGGACUUCUGUUCUACAGGCAGAAGCGGCGGAAUCACUGUCAACAACCUCAGACAGUGGAGUCUCCCGUGGAGCAACCUGAAGGCAGCCCCCUGACGCAGGACACAGACAGACAAGUGGAAGCGCCAGUGUAGGGGAAAGUCAGCUGGGCACACAGGACCGUCUCUCCACAGGAGAUAUUAUGGGGUUGUCCAUCCCCUGCCCAGCCAUUCUCCAGGGAAUGUGGCCCACCCACCAUGGGAGCUCCUGCCUGCCCAAACUGGACCAGAGCAGCUUGGUGGGGUGUGGCUGCCCUCAGCUCUAACUGUGGACACCAGGGGCCAAGGAGCCCUCCAUGCUGCUGAUUAUUCUCAAUUUGGGGGCUCCAAACCAGCGCUGCCAAUGACCCUGUGCCUCUCCAGAGCUCCUGCCUCCUCCUGUCUCCUGCCCAGCUCACCAGGGCCAGGGACCCAGAGGCCCCCAGAUCCCAAGAUGUGUGGGAGAGCAGGGUGGGUGCUCAGGUGUCCCAAGGCCCUGCGGAGUGCUGAGAGAGUUCAAGAGCAACAAGCAGGGACUUGUCUCCAGCUUGAAGCCUAAGCUCCACAGGGCGGGUCGGCAUUGGCUGCAUUUCCGGGCAAGGCCUCAGCCAUGGACGGGCGGGAAGAGAAGGCCCCAGGGCCUGCUGAUCUGACUGAUACCAAGAGGGACCCGCACCCUCUGCUCUACUCAGUGCCCUCUGUGAGGGGCCAGGUGGGCAAGAGAGGCCAGCUCUGCUCUCAGGACCUGCCUGGUGGGGGCUUAUGAUGAUGCCAAGGGGACACUCAAACUCUGUGCCCCUGCCCCUCCCAGCCCUGUACCUGCCAGGCUUCCCGGAGGCCACUGCACUGUGAAUACUGAACCUGUCUUGCUGAGCAGCGCUGCACAUCCCACAUGCCCCCCAGCCUGCUUCCCAGCCCUCUCUGAGCCGGCCUCAACUGUCACCUGUUGACUGAAGGAGCUCCUAGCCCUGCCUUUGCCCUAGAAAUCCCAGCACAGAUGAGAUGGGCAGGCAAGGAAAAUGGGUCACCGCCAGAGCGGGUCUUUUGGCUGUGUGUUUGCCCAAGUUUCUGUAUCUUGCACUUUGACAUUCCCAAGAAGGGAGUGAUGAGGGCACGUUGGGGUGGGGUGGGGUGGGGGGUGGACAGAGGAAGAUGUAGGGGGAGCUCUGGCUAAAACAUAGGUUGUGCCCCUGAGGUCGAGGGAGAGACGUGUGCAGCCCUGCCUGCCCUGCCUCGGAUCCCAACCCUGUGACCCACUUCUGGCUCAACCAUAGCUGGAAGGUGAUCUCUUAUUGGGAGCCCAGGGGCUGGGUGCACCCCACUUCAUCUGCAAAGCACUCCAUUUUAUCUUGUCAUUCUUGUCUUGCCUCAAUCCUACCUGGCAGCAAUGCCAUCAGCUGUCAUCUCAGCCCCACUGUUCCACUCUCAGGCUGAACAAGCAUAGAAAGGGCCCAGGAAGGGUCUUCAUCUACGUCCCAGCUGACCAAGUUUCUCUGCUUCUGGCCAGCCUGUGGCCUACAUUGAGAUUUCAGGGCUGUGGGUCAUGGGGUGGUCUCAUGCCCUUGGUCCCUUAUACUGCUGUUUUCCCUCCUCUCCUGCUGCCUGAGGCCUUCCCCAGAGAAACCUCGCCCACCCUGGCCCUGGACCCGUACCCUUCCCUUGCCUCUCUUGAAAGCGAGGGUCCCACUGAUCCCCACUGCCCCAGCUCUGCUAAUGACAACUAAGGGAAAUGGCAGCGGAGAAUGUUCCCUGUGGAAACCUUCUAAGUCACAGACUCUGUUUUGGAUGCAGAAAAAGAUAUAUUUAGAAAUGGAAGGAAAGAACAAAACAGGAGAAAGGGAGGGAAGACAUGCUUCCCUCUCCCCCACUCCUGAGACAUAAUAGGAUUUUAAAAGUUAAGAAAGCAACUCCACCACAUUGCAGAAGCUUUCCGUGGCAUUCAAUGAUCUGGGAGCAAGCAGGGAGAUGCCCCCAGAUACCUGAGCAGGAAUCCCCCCUUUUUAUGCCUCUGAGAAAGUUGAGAAGAAGUAUUAUCUCACACACUGUGAGAGUUUUGUUUUUAUACUUGGAAAUGAUGAAUUAUUUUAUAUAAAGUCAUUUAAAUAUCUAUUUAAAAAUAGGAAGCUGCUUAUAUAUUUAAUAAUAAAAGAAGUGCACAAGCUGC